AUGUCAAGCAGCUCAGAGACCACGCUUACUUUGUCCACCACGGCUGAGCAUUCUGUCGUUAUAACGCAAACGACAACUACUUCUGAUGCUGUCUCGUCGUCUGAGACAUUGGCCGAUGGCACCACAACUACCCAGGUUGUUCAAGACACCACCACAACAGCCGUCGAGACUACAUCCACUGUUGGGUCUUCUGCCACCACAACUGAAACAACCUCUGUCUCCGAGGACAUCUCAACUUCCGUAACUCUAAGCGAUGGCGCCACGACCUUGCUGUCGAUUACUACGACUACCGAGGUUCUCGAUGACACUGCGACGACAGCCCCAGCUACGACAACCACUACUGCAGCUGCUGUGCCGGACGAGUGCUUUUUAAACGCCGAAUGCGAGGCUCUUUACGGCGGGGCCAAACCCAUCUGUGAUGCCGGCACUUGUGUUCCUGACAAUAGUCAGGGCUCUCCAUGCUCCGAUAACAGCGAUUGUACCAUCCCCGGUCAAACCUGCUCUGACUCUGGUUUCUGUCAUGUCGCUUCACAGCAACCAGACUCCUGUAUUGACAUAAACGACUGCCUCUUAUCUGUCAACCCUAUUUGUGCUAUAGGACUCUGCGAGUGCCCCCAAUCGACGAAUGAAUGCACACCACGGUCUGAUCUGCAACUCUGCCAGUCAAAUAAUGGGUGUUCAGCUGGCGCUACUUGCCAGCAGGGUGUCUGUGUGGAUCAGGUUCAAUGCGGUGGCCCUUCCGAUUGUCAGGCUAACUUGGAUCUGUGUGUUCUUCCCGGCGUUUGUGUCUGCCAGAAUGGUAUAUGUGCCCUCGAUGGUUAA